AUGACGCAAGGGCCAGACGGGCCUGUGCUUUUCCGAGAUACAGUGCAGUCUGAUUCCAUAGCUCUGUUCUCAUCCACCUCCUCGCAGCCCCUGGCUCUUUGGUCUCACCAUCAAGACGUUGACCUGCCUGAAGACUCCGGCAUACAGCUGGUGAUCGACGCCACCGAUGUUAUAGCACCAAAUAGUCUUGACAUCACCCAUGAAAGCUUUACACUAAGGACGGAAGAGACACGCAGAGGCCGUACUUCUGAGCCGGUGCUGCACAUACAAUCUCCAGCUGUACGCGGCACUUUCAUCCGUUCUCCGCCAGAUGACCAAACUGAUCUUGGAGUUCGGCUUCCCUAUAUUUCGAUUCAAUACAGAGCGAUCGGCAAAUCACGACAUUUUGCUUUCGAGGUUGGGGUGGCAGAUCGACAGGGGCGACGUGGUAUCAUAAGGGUGAGCAGCUUCCACAUCGAGCCACGACUCUAUCUGCCCACAACAUCGCAGCAGGUAGCAUCAGACGAUCAAAGCACUGGGUCUGAGUGUUCACAGGGUGCGAUUCUGCACCUGCCUCUGAGCAUGACCAUCGACUCCAAUCUCGAUGAAACGUCCCACGCAUCAUGGCAGGUGCUCACGCUUCCUCUCGAACGAAUCACCAAGCACCUGUCCAACGCAGCCCUCGUUGAGCACUCAGAUGCGCACAAAUCCUUCCAUCAUACAGCGUUCGGCACUUUUCACAGUGUCACGUACGUGAAGAUACAUGCCAAUGUACGGCUCAGAAGGGUUUGGUGCUCUGGGCGUCUACCAGAUCAUUUCGACCUUCCAGAAUUUCAGUUGUUCUCGUGA